GAAUCGAAAUCAAGACGAGGCCGGCGUAAUGGAGUCCACAAGCGAGGCUCCCGAGGUAAAAUUUAAACCAAUUAAAAAGCGGAACCUCCGUCAGCGUAUUAAAGACGAAGAAUCCGACGAUGAAGAACAGUUAUUGGCAAAAUUAGAAGAGGCGAAGGAGCUACAGAAGCUUCGAGAGCGUCCCAACGGGGUCAGCGUCAUAGCGCUCGCCACGGGUCAGAAAGUUACCAUAGAGGAUGAAGUGACAUGCAAGGAUCCGUUUAAGGUGAAAGCGGGGGGCAUGGUAAAUAUGCAAGCGCUGAAAAGUGGGAAAGUGAAGCAGGUGGAUGAUGCGUACGAUACUGGAAUAGGGACGCAGUUUUCUGCCGAGACCAACAAACGAGAUGAAGAUGAGGAAAUGAUGAAAUAUAUUGACGAGCAGCUAGCGAAACGGAAAGAGGGACGAAACAAUGAUAACAAAGAUUCAGAACACAAUGACUCACUCAAAUAUUUAUCUCCUGAAGAAGCUGCCUUGUUAUCCCUGCCCGAGCACCUCCGUAUCUCCUCCACACACAGAUCUGAAGAAAUGCUCUCAAAUCAAAUGCUCAGCGGCAUCCCCGAGGUUGACUUGGGCAUUGAUGCCAAAAUUAAAAAUAUUGAGGCCACGGAAGAAGCUAAAAUGAAACUGUUAUGGGAGCGACGGAAUAAAAAAGAUGGCCCUUCACAAUUCGUCCCAACAAAUAUGGCUGUAAACUUUGUACAGCACAAUAGGUUUAAUAUAGAUGAUGCAAAGAAACGGAAAGUUGAGAAGCCAGAGGCUCCAAAGACUGUUACAAAUGCUAUAGAUGAAAGUGUAGAUAAAAUUGUUAAGAAAGCUAAAGGUGAAAGAGCGACUGAUGAUUUCCAUUAUGAGAGAUUUAAGAAACAAUUUAGGCGGUAUUAAAA